ACCGGCCUUCGGUCUAAAAACAGAACGCGGGCUAACGUUAACUCCAGGAGCAGUUUAUGUACCACAAAUUGUCCUACCAAUAAAACUGUUAUCGGAUUUUUUAAACACGUUGAAGUAACGUUCUGUCGAUGUUGUUUCGUCUUACAUCAGGCAAAUAUUUUAUCUGAGCUGGUUAAAAACUUGCCGGCUAUCGUAGCACGCUAACUAGUGCAGCUAGCUGCGUAGUUUCGUUUUCCGCAGAAAACACCGACACCACAAACCGUUGGAGUCUGGUUACUGUUGUUGGGCUUUACUGCAGAAAUGCACCCCAAAGACUGAAAUGGGCCUGUCCUCAAGAUAUUUACAACAUAACGAAUAGUCAUAAUGAAGAGAAGAAAUGAUGGAGUGUUGGCGCCACCGCAGGGGUCAAAAAGGCAUCGAGAUGACAGCAGUUCAGGGGAAGAGUCGCAAUCCAGACAAGAUUCUAUCCAAAAUGAGUCCCUCAGCGAUCAGGAGGAUCAGAGACCGGGGUUCUCCAUGCCCUCCAUAUCAUCAUCAUCCUUUGAUGCAGACGCUGAUGGCUCUGCUCAGUCUGCCUCAAAGUUCUCCAUGUACAACAGUGUGUCGCAGAAGCUCAUGGCCAAGAUGGGCUUUAGAGAGGGAGAAGGUCUGGGUAAGUUUGGCCAGGGACGCAAAGAGAUUGUGGAGGCUUCCACCCAGCGGGGUAGGAGGGGUCUUGGCCUCACCUUGCAGGGGUUCCAGGGAGAACUCAAUGUUGACUGGCGGGAUGAACCUGAGCCCAGUGCUGCAGAGAUAGUCACCUGGUUCCCAGAAUGCACCACAGAGAUCCCAGAUGCAGAUGAGUUGAGAGACUGGAUGAUUCUGGGGCCGAGAAAACUUAAGAUUGAAGACGAAACAGAGUUUUGCACAGAAGAUCUUCUGCACACUCUCCUACGGUGCAAGACGGUGUUUGAUAACUUGGAAGGCGAGGAGAUGAGGAGAGCACGGACACGCUCCAACCCUUACGAGACGAUUAGAGGCGGUAUUUUUCUCAACAGAGCCGCUAUGAAAAUGGCCAACAUGGACCACUGCUUCGACUACAUGUUCACGAACCCAAAGGAUUCCGAAGGGAAACCCCUGACAAAGGACCGGGAGGGUGAGCUUCUGUACUUUGGGGACGUCUGCGCGGGGCCCGGAGGCUUUUCUGAGUACAUCCUGUGGAGAAGACGCUGGCACGCCAAAGGCUUUGGCAUGACGCUGAAAGGACCCUGCGACUUCAAACUGGAAGAUUUCUAUGCUGCCCCGAGCGAGCUGUUCGAGCCUUAUUACGGUGAGGGCGGAGUGGACGGGGACGGGGACAUAACUCGGCCAGAAAACAUGACCGCCUUCCGUAACUUUGUCAUGGAGAAUACAGAGAGAAGAGGGCUGCAUUGUCUCAUGGCAGAUGGGGGUUUUUCUGUAGAAGGCCAAGAGAACAUCCAAGAGAUCCUGUCCAAACAACUGCUGCUCUGCCAGUUCCUGACUGCCAUCUCCACGCUCAGGACAGGGGGCCACUUUGUCUGCAAGACAUUUGAUCUUUUCACUCCCUUCAGUGUCGGUUUGGUGUACCUCCUCUACCUCUCCUUCGACAGGAUCUCACUCUUCAAGCCUGUCACCAGCAGGCCGGCUAACUCUGAGAGGUACAUUGUGUGCCGUGGUCUGAAGCCGGGCUCUGACGCAGUCAGAGAGUACAUGUUCAAAGUCAACCUGAAGCUGAACCAGCUCAGAGGCACAGACAAAGACGUCACAGACGUGGUUCCGCUGAGCAUCAUUAAGGAGGAUCCUGACUUCUAUCAGUUUAUGGUCAACUCUAAUGAGAGCCUCUGUGCAGUCCAGAUUAAGGCCUUGGCUAAGAUCCACGCUUUUGUUGUUGACCCGGCGCUGUCAGAGACAAGGCAAGCGGAUAUCAGGAAGGAGUGCCUGAAGCUUUGGGGGGUCCCAGACAAAGCCAGAGUAGCUCCCUCUCCCUCAGACCCAAAGUCAAAAUUCUAUGAACUAAUCAAGAAUUCGGACAAGGAGUCAUUCCAGAGUAAGCUGACGCCACUGAACUCCACCACACUUGAAAAGCUGCGCCACAUUUUUGACCACAGGUGCAUUGUGGGAGGCGGCGAGCAGGUCUUCCUUCUCACGUUGGGGAAGUCGCAGAUCUACACAUGGGACGGGAAGAUGCCUGUGCGCUGGAAGAAAAUGGAGGGUUUCAAGCUCGAGCUGCCCAGAGACACCCUUCUAAGUGUGGAGAUUGUCCAAGAGCUGAAGGGCGAGGGCAAGGCUCAACGAAGAAUUAACGCAGUCCACGUGGUCGACGCACUCAUUCUAAAUGGCACCGAUGUAAGAGAUCAGCACUUCAACCAGAGGAUCCAGAUGGCUGAGAAGUUUGUGAAAGCCGUAGCUAAACCCAGCAGACCGGAUAUGAACCCAAUCAGAGUAAAGGAAGUUUACAGACUGGAGGAAAUGGAGAAAAUCUUUGUCAGACUAGAGAUGAAGAUUACGAAGAGUUCAGGAGGUGUUCCUCGGUUGUCUUACACUGGAAGAGAUGACCGACACUUCCUCCCCACGGGCCUCUACAUCAUUAAGACGGUCAACGAGCCGUGGACAAUGGCGUACAGCAAAAGCUCCAAAAUGAAGUUCUUCUUUAACAAAAUAACAAAGGAAUCAACAUAUGCAAUGCCACCAAACUCUGCUGCUCCCUUCCACGUGUGCCACUCUGAGCGCCUGUUCUGGGCCUGGGUGGACGGGGUCAUAGUUCACGAUUCCCAGACUCGGGUGGACCCUGAGAAGCUGUCCAAAGACGAAUUCCUGUCCUUCAUCCACCGAAAUUACCAGCUCUGAAUAAGUGACCCAAUCACCUGGCUUCCUCAGCUACAACCUGUGCACAGGAUAAAAGACAAUGAAAAGAGAAUGAUGAAGACUUUACUGCCCCUACUUUCUUUUCAUAAACACUUUUUAUUGUCCGGUUAAACGUUAAUGAACAGCUAAAAAGACUACUAGCAUAAAAAAGUCCUUUAUGUGCAGUUCACAUGGGCUCAGAUAAAUCAUCAGCAAGUUGGAACUGGAGCAUUGUAGUUGAAAAUAUGGAAACCUGUUUACUGUCAUAAGUCAUGAUGACAUGUGGACAAACCGGCUGUCCUCCUUGCCUUUUUCCACUGCACUUUGCUCUGGAACCUAAUGAAUAGGACUGGCCAUACAUAGACAUAUACAUGCAUACAAAUGGAAACAAAAGAGUGCUGCUGCUGCUGCUGCUGUUUAUGCUAUGCCUUUGUGUCCUGGUAUAUCCGGUAUUUUUCACCUGUAUUUGACUUAUGUAGGCUCGUGUGUUUUGCAUCAGUCACAGUAGCCAUGGCAGAUGGGGUUAAGAUAGCCGCUGAGCAUGGAUCCACACCCACGAUGAGACAACAGGCAGAUAUGUAGCUGGAACCCCAAAACUGCAACAAUCAUGUUCAGAAACUGCUUUUCCUAAACAUCAUUAAGAUUUGACAUCCCAGAUGUAGCAGCUUUUUCCUCUUCUACUUCAAAUUGGAAAAAGAUUUCCUGUUUGUUUGCAUACCAUUGCCUUCUUUUUUCUGUAUUUGUGCCUCUCGAGUCCUGAAAGUUGUUUUUAAAGCUGACCAAGUGUCAGUAUCCCUCCUGUCUUUCAAACUUUUGGUGUAAAUAACAACAGACCUAAAGGGGAGAUCCAACAUUGUGUUUUCAUCUUAUUCAUUAAAGUAUGAUCUGAAUAAUCUC